AUGAGUCUGGUGUCACAGGCAGAGGAGCUGUUGGCGCAGGCUCGACUGCACGAGAAGCAUGUUUCGAGCGGCAAGAGCAUCCCCGGAGAGUGGGAGGAAGACGAGGCGUACGUCGCGUCCCGUCAAGCAAUCAUCGAUGCAGCCGAAGCGAUCAAGAUGAAGGUGAUGACGCCCGAUAUGCUCCUCUUUACGUACAUGAGCCGCGUAGGUUGUCCCCAAACGAAGCCUGCGGGCUCCUUCAGAGGUCUGACGGCGAGCGAUGUAGGUAUAUGACUUGGCGGUGCUCAAUGCGUUCCUCCAGUACGACAUUGCCAACUCGGUCCCGGAUGAAGGCAAGAGCUUUGAGGAUCUCGCGAAAGAGCUCGGUCUCCCGCAACGAGGGCUGGAGAAGAUUGUGCGCAAGGCCAUGGCGCACGGCAUCUACCAAGAGCCAUCGCCCGGGCUGGUCCAACACACGGAGGUGUCUGCGAUGUUCCGCCUGCCGGGCAUUCGAUCCCUGUGCAGGUUCACGGUGGAAGUGGUGCUGCCGUCGAUGAUGAAGCUGUUGGAAGCUCUCGAGAAGUGGCAAGGCUCGCAAGAUCCCAAGCACACGGCCUUCAAUCUGGCCUUUGGGCAAGUCGGGUUGAUGGAUCGAUUUCCGGACGAAGCGUGCUUCAAAGCCAUCAUGAGUGCGGCGGAUGCCAAGGGACUCUCAUCGUAUGGCCUGUGGCAGGAGCUCGACAAGCCGGGAAGCGUGUUCGUGGAUGUCGGCGGGAACCACGGCUACGGCUCGCUCGCUAUCGCCAAGACCACGAAGCACAUGCAAUUCGUGGUCGAGGACAUGGCAUCGGUGAUUGCGAAGGCCGAGGCGCAGGAGCGGGAGCCGGGGGGUGUGUUGGUGGACGGCGAGGCUGGACAUCGCAUCUCGCUGCGGCCCUACGACAUCUUCUCCGGCCCGCAGCCCGUCGCGGAUGGCGAUGUCUACUUCUUCCGCGCCAUCUUCCACAACUGGUCGGACGAGAUGUGCCUGCAGAUCCUCCGCAAUCUGCUGCCCGCCCUGAAGCGCGGCGCUCACGUGGUCAUCUGCGACAUUGUGAUGCGGGAGAGGAGUGAUGUGACGUACGAACAGCAGUACACGAGGACUUCGGACCUGUCCAUGUACGCCCUGCACAACGGCUGGGAGCGCACGCAGGCCGCCUGGCAGGACAUCUUCUCCGCCGUCGACCCGGCCUUCCACAUCCUCGACUGGCAGAUCCUGUGGCCCGGCUCAUAUCAGAGAUUCAUCCACGCCGUCUGGAACUAA